AGCUUAGAAACAGUGGCUUCCGCCUGCCUGCCUGGCUGCUGGCCUUUCUUUGACCGAGUCCCUUCUUCAGGUCGUUGAGUGAGAACCACAGGCAGGACGAGGAGCAGGAAGACGAGAGCUACUCCCGGGAAAUGUCCAGGUUCCUAGCCAACGCCAUUGCCAAGCCCCUCCCCCAGACUCCCGAGAACGCCCUGCACAAGCACCACCACAACAGUGUGGACGACACCCUCCUGGCCCUGAACGUCCGGCCGGCCCUGCGGAACGGGCUGGAGAACAGCCUGGAGGAUGCUUCCUACCACGAGGAGUCCCUCCAGGAGGACCAGGACAAGGAGAGCGAAGAGCAGCUCCAUUCCACCCAUCCGGCAGGAAUUGUCCUGACCCGUGUGGGCUACUACACCAUCCCCUCCCUGGAGGAGCUAGCCAGGAUGACCAGUGACACAGGAGAAUGCAUCGUGAUGGACUUCACGGUCGGCCGUAAAGGCUACGGCUCCAUCUACUUCGAGGGCGAGGUCAAUCUGACCAACCUGAACCUGGAUGAGAUUGUGCACGUCCGCCGGAAAGAGGUCAUUGUCUACCCAGACGACGAAUUGAAGCCCCCCAUCGGGGAGGGCUUGAACAGGCGAGCCGAAGUCACCCUGGACGGAGUUUGGCCCACGGACAAAACCUCGCGCUGCUUGAUCAAGAGCCCAGAGCGGCUGACAGAAAUGAACUACGAAGGCCGGCUGGAGGCCGUCUCUCGGAAACAGGGAGCCCAGUUUAAGGAGUACCGCCCCGAAACCGGUUCAUGGGUAUUCAAGGUGGCCCACUUCUCAAAGUAUGGCCUGCAGGAUUCCGAUGAGGAAAGCGAGGAGAGCCUCGCCAAAGUGGAGGCCAAGAAGUUAAAAACUGCUCAGGUGCCCCUGCCGGGCCAGCUGAUGUCUCAGCAAAUGGCUGCCGCUGGGAAGUUGGUACCUCCUUCCAAG